AUGGAAUUUCAAAGCAUCAAACAAGCAAGUUUUUACGGCAGAAACUUUCAGAAUUUAGGACGUGCCUUAGACUUCGUUGAAACGUCUUCAAGCCAUAGCAAUUUCGACAUUGUGUUGCUUUCACCAGAUCCAGAUUAUAAUACGGAUGCGGAGGAGGGUAAUGCUGAAGAUCUUGUUGCUUGCACCAUGCCGCAAGAUGUUCCAGGUGAAGUAGAGGUGUUUUGUAGCAGUGACAGUGAAGACGAUUUACCGCUUCAAGAGCUACAGCGCAGAAUUCAAACCGCAAAACGUUAUGGAAAGUUGGAACCUGAAGUUUUUGAAACUUUAUUUGACGAAGAAGUAGUUAAUUUGAUUGUUGAGCAGUCUCGCCUUUAUGCAGCACAGUCUAAUGCCCACAAUUUUUCAUUCACCGAACACGAUUUGAAAGUCUUUUUGGGUAUCUUACUUUACAGCGGCUACCAUUCCAUUCCAAGAGAGAAUAUGUACUGGCAAACAGAUGAAGACACUCGUGUACCAUUUGUUGCUAACAAUAUGUCCCAAACCAGAUUCAAGGAAAUAAAAAAAUAUCUCCACCUUGCUCACAAUAAUAAUUUGGUUCUUACCGACUAA